AUGGCGCCCUUGACCCCAUACACCUACAUCCGGUGCCCCUGCUCCGAGACGCGGGCGAGCGAAGACGGCUCCUCGACACCCGGCAGCCCAGAGGACGAUGAGCGCACCUUCGACCCCCGCGCCCCGCGCGCCAACUUCAGCCUCUUUCCCCUGGAGCACUUGAUGUACUGCGAGGACUGCCACCAGAUCAGGUGUCCUCGCUGCGUCAACGAGGAGAUUGUCACCUACUACUGUCCCAACUGCUUGUUUGAGGUGCCUAGCAGUAACCUAAAAAGCGAGGGCAACAGGUGCACUCGAAGCUGUUUCCAAUGUCCCGUCUGCAUCGGUCCCCUCGCGGUUACGAGUCUUGAGGAGCGGUCCGAAGCCAGCAGUCUCCUCACCGCUGACGCCUCUGCCCCGCAGGGUGGCCCAUACGUCCUAAACUGCUCAUACUGCAAUUGGAGCUCAACCGAGAUUGGCAUCAAGUUCGACAGGCCCAAUGGCAUCCACGGGCAGCUGGCGAAGCUGCAAAACGGCGGCAAGCCCAAGUUGACGCCCAAGGAGCACAAGGAGAGGAAGAAGGAGAGCGGGGCAGACUACUCGCUGGACGCAAAGGACAUGGACACGGAGCUGCAGUUUGCGCAACUCAAGUCGUUUUACCAGAACCAGCUUGCAAACUCGAACCCUUCUGCAGGCGGGCUGUCUUCUCUUGGGGACCUUGGGCUCUCCUCUCCCGGAUCUCUGUCGCGUAUCAUGAGUCUGUACACGGGAAACAACUAUGGCCACAAGCAGGCGCGGGGCAAGGUGCAGAUCAUGCGUGAGGCAGUCAGCACAGACGAGGGGCUGAAGGAGACGGACCUGGACGAGUCGGCGGCUAUCGAAAAGCUUCGCCAGACCGUCCUCGACGACACAGCUACCAUUGCCCAGAACGCCCACCAGCAGGACUCUGUGCGCUUCAGAGACGAGCUGAGGCCCAUUCCCUACCUGCUGAGAACCAAGCGGUCGAAGCGAUGCCCAAUCUGCAGGCACAUUAUCAGCAAGCCGGAAGCGAAAAUCUCCAACACCCGCUUCCGCAUUCGCCUAGUCGCCGGGAGCUACAUUCCCACCAUCACAAUCCGGCCGCUCGCCUCGGAGUCACAGAACAUCCCCUCCACGGCCAGGCCGCCGAUACCCCAGGAGCUGUGGCUAGCCCCGCUGAAGCCGGUGCAGUACCUCUUGACCUUCAAGAACCCCAUCUUCGAGACGGUCAAGGUGUCCCUGGCCACGCCGUCCAGCACGCCGGGCCGGUUCGCGAGCACCGUGACGGUGUUCUGCCCUCAGUUCGAGAUCGACGCCAAUACGGACAUGUGGGACGACGCGCUCAAAGACGACACCGAAAAGGAGCGCCGGAGAGGCGAGGAGGGGGCGCUGCAACAGGCGGAAGUCGGCAAGAUUUACGAUCGCGGCCGCAACUGGGUCAGCAUCGUGCUGGAAGUUGUCCCGGCCUCGCUCAGGCUGGAGUCCAGCGGCAAGGCUGCUGAGGAUGCGCUCCUUGGGGACGAGGAUGUGUUGGAGAUACCCAUGUUUGUGCGCCUCGAGUGGGAAACGGAAGGCCAGGGGGAUGUUGGCACGGCGCAGGGCAAGGACAAGGAGGCUAGAGAAAAGAGGGAGCUAGCAUACUGGUGCGUCUUGGGAGUUGGACGCAUCAGCCAGGAGUAG